UAGGUUUUAUUAUUGGCGCCUCUCUCUCUGUUUCCCUCUUGCAGGGGAGAUUCAGCUAGGGUUUCUAUCGGUUGCAGUCAUGGCGCAGUACGAUCUCACUCGGCGCGUAGCUCCUCAACUGGAUCGACACUUGGUCUUCCCCCUACUAGAAUUCCUGCAAGAGCGUCAGCUUUACCCCGAUGGCGAGAUCCUGAAAGCAAAGAUUGAACUUCUCAACAAAACUAAUAUGGUCGAUUACGCCAUGGACAUCCACAAGAGCCUCUACCAUACUGAGGAAGUUCCGCAAGAUAUGAUUGAUAGGCGUGUGGAAGUCGUUGCGAGAUUGAAAUCUCUGGAAGAGUCUGCUGCGCCUUUGAUAACUUUUCUUCAGAACCCUAAUUCGGUUCAGGAACUCCGGCCGGAUAAGCAAUAUAAUAUCCAAAUGCUUAGCGAUCGAUAUCAGAUUGGGCCAGAUCAGAUAGAGGCUUUAUAUCAAUAUGCCAAAUUUCAGUUUGAGUGUGGAAACUACUCUGGUGCUGCCGACUAUCUAUAUCAGUACAGGGAUUUGUCCACAAAUAGUGAAAGGAGUUUGAGUGCAUUAUGGGGAAAGCUAGCUGCUGAGAUACUAAUGCAAAACUGGGAUAUAGCUCUUGAAGAGCUUAAUCGCUUGAGAGAAAUCAUUGACUCAAAGAAUUCCGCAUCACCAUUGAAUCAGUUGCAAAGUAGAAUUUGGCUGAUGCAUUGGAGCCUGUUCAUCUUUUUUAACCAUGACAGUGGCAGAACAGGGCUCAUUGAUUUAUUUUUCUAUGAUAGGUAUAUAAAUGCCAUUCAGACAAAUGCACCGCAUCUAUUACGCUACUUGGCCGCUGCAUUCGUUGUUAACAAGAGGAGAAGACCUCAACUGAAAGAAUUUAUCAAAGUCAUACAGCAGGAACAAUACUCUUACAAGGAUCCGAUUACGGAGUUCCUAGAAUGUUUAUAUGUUAACUAUGAUUUUGAUGGUGCUCAAAAAAAGUUGCGUGAGUGUGAAGAUGUAAUAUUGAAUGACCCCUUUCUUGGAAAACGAGUUGAAGAAGGAAACUUUUCUACUGUACCACUAAGGGACGAGUUCCUUGAAAAUGCACGCCUCUUUAUCUUUGAGACCUAUUGCCGAAUACAUCAGUGCAUUGAUAUGAGAAUGCUAGCUGAAAAGUUGAAUCUGAAUUAUGAUGAGGCCGAGAGAUGGAUUGUUAAUCUUGUUCGGAAUGCGAAGCUCGAUGCUAAGAUCGAUUCUGAGUCGGGGACUGUUGUGAUGGAACCCACUCAUCUUAAUGUUUACGAGCAGAUCAUAGAGAACACAAAAGCACUGGCAGGAAGGACUUACAAAUUGACACAUCAGGUUCUUGAAGCUGCACCAACCCCGGCUGCACGAUAGUUGGUUCUGGGUGCUAAUCAUUUGGAAACUGUUGUUGCCAGACUCUUUGAAUUGAGAACUAGUUCGAAUUCAAUUUGAGAGAUUUUAGUUAUUUAAGGAGUAGGAUCCGAGAGAGCACUGAUGGAAUUUUUUGGAAUCUCAUCAGG